AUGAUCGCCGUCAAAAUGAAAGCUCGGCUGAGAGUUCACAAGUCAAACAUUGCACUCGCUUUGCUAGCCUCUACAGAUUUAACUGUCGGGGUCCUUGUACAGCCCUUAUACGUCGCUUUGAUGAGAACAAUCUUACUUGAUGGAACCUCAAGUGCGUCGUACGCUUUGCAAGUUUUAACAAGAGUCUUGUGUAGCGUAGGCGUCUCUGCCUCUUUGAUCCACAUGGCUUUGAUCAGUGGGGAGCGGUUCCUCGCCAUGAGACGCCCGUUCGCGCACUUGACCCUCGUCGCCGACUAGAGUUUACUUGCUGCCUCAGUCUUGGCGUGGCUACUUUCCAUAACUCUUCACAUUCCACUUGCCGUUAACAAAUCUGCAUUUUUCCCCUUAAGAAUACUUUCGUUGGUCUAUGCACCGCCUUUAUCCUCUUCUGCCAUAUUGCAGUUUACCGGGAGAUCCGCCGACACGAAAACCAAAUUGCAGUUCAGCAAGUGACCGUGAAAGCAAGACAACAAUUUGAAAAAGAUAAGAAGGCUUUCAAAGCGACAUUUAUCGUCAUUGUAGUGCUGAUGUUGUGUUAUUUUCCGAUUCUAAUCUUUAGAGCUGUCUUAAUAAGAUAUCGAACUAAAAUUUCUUCUGAAGUGUUGUACAUAUACUUGUUUUUGGCCACAUUGAUGGCGUUUUUGAACUCUUUGUUAAAUCCUGUUAUUUACUCAUUCCGACUAAGAGAGUUUCGCUUAGCAUUUAUUAAGUUAAUUUUUAACAGUAGUGAACAUUGCCGAGGCUGA